GGAGAUUUGAAAGUCAAGAUAUUUAUUUUGUUGUUGGGGGGAUUAGGCAUAAUAUAAGCAGAUUUGACCUGUCACUGUCAUAUCAUCAGAAAAUGAAGUGUUGGCUGAAUUUACAAUACAUAAUUACAUACAGCUGCCCAGUCAUAAUUUAAAUGCAUUUGCCUGAAGGAAGAGAACAGCUUCAAAUAUGGGUUAACUUGUACACUGCACUGGUUAAUGGGCAGCAGAACAUAAUGCAGCAGUUGCGUGGUGCAGUUGGACAAAAUCUGGUUAAAUGUAGCCAAAGGAAACACAUGUCCAAAAGCCCAUUCGUCAAACUGGACAAAGUUCCUUCUUCCUUGUUUGGUAUAUAAAGCUAGGAAGGUUUACAAUAGGUGAAUAAUCACCCAUCUGACCCAACGGCAACAAACUCCGCUCUUCUCAUCCUCACUUUGUGCCUACAUUCAUUCAGUGAACUGAAUUCCAAGCUUGGAUGAAGAUCUGCAUACAUCUAAGAGCUGAGACAAAUUCUUCAAUCAGCAAAGCUGAAGAAAUUUCAGAGACAGAGGAAGCACUCACGUUGACCAGGAGUGGGUACUCCCCUUAUCACAGCAGGAGGGCAUUUAUCAUUAACACCCACCAAGGAAAAGACAAAUAGCCCUCAACCAAGGCGCUGUGCAGAACAUUUCAUAUAACGUCACUGCCAUCUGUACGGGCUACGUGAAAGAUUUUGCCAUGAAUGAAUCAAAGGUGAAUGGUGUUGAUGAGCGCAUCGCUUACGUAGACAUUUUUGAAGAAGUGAUUGCCUGGAUCAUUUUUUGUUUUGGGCUGCCAGCCAUCUGCUUGGCCAGUUAUGCCCUUUACCGUCUCAUCAAAUCUAAUCAUGUUGCCCCCAUCUAUGUCAUCAACCUCCUCAUUUCAGAUCUUGUCCAGAUCAUCGUUCGUAUUUUUUUUAUGACGGACAGAUUUUUUGGUAUACAGUCCAAGGAAUAUAUUGUUACUUACAAUGUGUUGCUGGUUGUUGUCCGUUUUGGUCUCAUUGCCAGCCUUGGGUUCAUGGUGUGCAUCUCAUUGGAGAGGUAUCUGGUGGUCGUCCACCCUCUGUGGUAUCGCUACUAUCGCAAUAUUAAGCACUCAGUCCUGGCCUCUCUAGUUGUCUGGGUAUUGUCGGUAAUAUAUGCAGCCAUUGAUUACAACGUACUCAUGAAAGACCAUAUCACAUUCACCAUCGUCUUUUCAAUCCUUUUCCUACUCCCCAUGCCUCUUCUAGUGUUCCUGUAUGUAGGAACCCGGAGAGCUCUGGCUGGCACCGUCUCAGUAUCUGAUGCAGAAAAGAAGAGAAUUAUGGGAAUUCUGGCGCUGGUUCUUGGAAUCUACGUUCUGUUGUAUCUUCCCUUCACACUCAUAUCUUUUUAUCGGGCAGUUACAAAAAAGAAGACAUUUACUGUGUACUGCCUGAUGGCCGUGGCACGGAACAUUGUCCGUCUCAGCCCCCUCGUGGACCCCUUUCUGUACAUUUUCAUGAGAAAAGGUGCCAAAGAUACAGUGGAGGCCUUCCCCUGCUGCCGGAAUUUCAUUGCUUCAGAAAGCGGCUGGAGCAGAUCUAAGGGUACUACUUCAGAAACUGUCAGCAGUGUUUAAAAAUCACACAAGUCUUUUGAGGUUGAACUAUUAUUGGUUUAACUAUUAAAUGGACCCGAAGCUUGUUGGAAUUUGUAAUGCAGAUACGUGGAAGGCAUUCAGGAUCUUGAAUGCAGUCAUUUCAGGAAUCAAUCAAGGGUUUCAGGUUGACAUUGUUCUUUAUAUUUGAGGAAUGUUGCAUAUAUACAGUAUGAAAGCUGGUUCAUGUUACUUUUGCUUUCAUGUGGCGUAUACAAGAUUAAAAAAAAAAAAACAUUUAGCUGGAUUUUACAGGAGCUUUGAUUUAAUUAGAAAAAUCAUGUAAAAUAUUUGUUUUGUUAUCUGAUAUUUUAUGUUACUUAUAUUAUGAUUUAAUUAUAUUUUAUUAAAAAUAUUUUUUAAAAUAUAGAACAAGAAAAAAUAAACAAAUCAUCAAAUGUGUGUCAUAAAAAAUGGGAUUGAAGACAUUAGAACAGAACAUGAUAGACCAGAAGAGGGCAGACACACUUUAUGAAUGGGUAUUGCUCUCUCACGAGAGGGACCAUUAGAGGGAAUCUGGUUGCCUCCAAUAGCCAAAGAGGAUCACCAUUUUACUAAGUGUACAUAUUUUCAAAACAUUAUAGUGCAGUCCAUAAGUAUUUAGAGAGCGACAUAAUUUUGUUGUUCUGGCUCUGUACUCUGGCACAUUGGAUUUAAAAUGAAACAAUAAAGGUAAGGUUAAAGUGCAGACUGCCAGCUGUAAUUUUAGGUUAUUUACACACGUGUAGGAAUUACAGCCUGUUUUAAACAUAGUAAGCUAUCCACAAGUUUCCUGAACUCUGACAUUUCCCAAGGUACCUUGUGAAGGAUGUGGCAGCUAUAGAUAGACUACUAUUAUCAACUAUCUAUAUGGUCUCCUUUCCAUUGAUGCUGUAACAUUCAUUUCAUUCAUAUCGGUUUGGUUUUACAUAGAAACUUUCUUCAUAUAUUUUUAAAGCUUUUCACUUGGAAAUGAUCUAAUGUGACAGAAAAAUAAGAAAAACCAGAACAAAUACACUAAAGUUCCAUUAUUUGUGUUCCUUGGGCUCUUAAUAGUAAUAAGAAACCUAACAAAUAUAAUUUGGGUACAUCACUUGUCCCUCAAAUAAAACCAGAAAAUAAAAUAACGAUCCUUGCAUGUUCUGUCAGGACACCAGAAGACAAAGAUUUGGAGAAAAUAACCUGUUUAUUUAAACAUGCACAGGAGUUAAAAUUCAGGCUUUGUCUUUUUCAAUCAUAAUUUCACUUUUGGGUAGCUCCACGUUGCACAAAUCAAAUCAGUAAUAUGAUUGUCUUUCUGUACGGUUGAGUACAGUCAGGCUCAGUAGAGCACAGGUCGUAGAUCUAGCAUUGCCACUCAGAGCAACAGCACAUCAACAGUCUAGAGCGGCACCAUGUUAACAGCCCAUCUCAUAUUGCACUCUCAGGUUGGAGUGGACAUUAAUUUAUUUUUUAUAUAGCAACUAUUUCCUAUUUGCUUGCUAAACACCACACAAACUGUACAUCUGGUGAUUUUCUAUAGGACAAUGCUUGAAGAGUGUUCGCUAGGUGUUCAAAAUUACAUGUAAGAUAAAACUGAAAGUUCCACUGCCUGAAAAUCCCCAGGACAUUUUAUUAUUUGUACAGUACAUUUAUAAAACUCAACCUAUUUUACAGUUUACAGAUACUGCACUGUAUUUUGAGAAGCAAAAAUGCUUCUGAACAUAUUUGUGCACUGUCAAUAUGAACUUAAAGGUGUGGUUAUGAUGUUUCGUCAGUCUGUAUUUCAUAAUUCCAUUAUUUGACUCCAGCAAACCUUUUUUGGAGGACUAAAUGUGCCAGAAUUAAAUAAAUA